AGUGAGAGAUAGGCUCAGAAGCGAGCUACACAAGCGGCAUCAUUUCGCGCGCAGUCUUCACGGAAAUAUCAGUGUAGCUUCUCGCACAGUAAUGAGAGCAGUGGUUCACUGGAGCACUCUGAGGUCCUCUAGCCAUUGUAGAACGGGAAUCGCUUCUCGCGCGAAAAUGAUGGCGUUGCUGUUGGUGGUGGCGCUGUCGCUGCUGGCGCAGAGCGCUGUUGCCGCCCCCUCUGCUGCAGCUGCGGCUGCUGCCUCACCAGCGGCCAGCCCUUGGGGCUCGUGGUGGCAGCGCUGGCAGACAGCCGAGUGCCAGGGGCCCGGCGCCUUCCCGGACACCUCAGACGCCUGCUCGCCCGUCUUCCGCAUCUGCGUCUACAUGGGACCCGUGCGCGGGCUACAGCCCAUCCCCAAGUCUUGCCCCGCCGGAUUCGUCUUCAACGUCGUCACCGGCUGCACCUUCAAGCAGGAGUGCUUCCAAAAGCUUUACCCCCAGGCGGCUGCCGGCUGGACUGCUUAGCUUGGAAACCUCCAGAUCCACUAAAGCCCGUCGAGAACUCUGCGUACUACGAAAACGCAAGGAUAGAAACCUCACUCAAACUUUCCACAUAGCGUCUGUAACAACAGAACAAGUACUGUGGUACUCUGGCAACCUCAUGUCACACUAGAGUUUCUACGUAUUAGUGAUGUUCAGCUCCCGAUUCUCAUAUAUUCUUAUCUUCCAGAAAUUGACACUUUGCUGCACAUAUACAUAGAAUCUAUAGCUUCUCUCCUAAUGGAACCAUCUUUCUUCCAUCUUUUCAUGUAUCUGUGUAACUUGCUCCGAUGAAAAUGAUACCAAUAAAGUUUAAUCAAACCUCAUAAA